UUCUCCAUUUCCUUCUCCAUUUUGUUUCACGAUAACGUAAUCCUUUUUCUUCUUUCCAACAGUUAAGAGUUUUAAAGUUUCGUGAUCAUGCCUGCGGGUGGAUUCUCCUCCGUGCCGCCAUCGGGUGUGGAGUUCGAGGCCAAGAUCACUCCCAUCGUCGUCCUUUCCUGUAUAAUGGCUGCCACUGGCGGCCUCAUGUUCGGUUAUGAUGUUGGUGUCUCUGGAGGUGUAACAUCAAUGCCGGAUUUCUUGAAAAAAUUCUUCCCAGUGGUGUAUCAUAGGACGAAACAGGAUGCGGAGCUGGAUAGCAAUUAUUGCAAGUACGACAAUCAAGGCCUACAACUCUUCACAUCGUCGCUGUACCUAGCCGGCUUAACGGCCACCUUCUUUGCCUCCUACACUACCAGAAUGUUCGGCCGGAGGCCUUCCAUGCUCAUUGCUGGCUUUUUCUUCAUCGUCGGCGUCGUCCUCAAUGCUGCAGCCCAAGACCUUGCUAUGCUCAUUAUUGGAAGGAUAUUACUUGGUUGUGGGGUCGGUUUCGCUAAUCAGGCAGUGCCAUUGUUCUUAUCAGAGAUUGCACCUACAAGAAUUCGCGGAGGAUUAAACAUACUCUUCCAACUUAAUGUCACUAUCGGCAUCCUUUUCGCCAAUCUUGUCAAUUACGGGACUGCAAAGAUUGAGGGAGGGUGGGGUUGGAGAGUAUCAUUGGGGUUGGCCGGCAUUCCAGCAGUUCUCCUAACCUUGGGGGCCCUCCUGGUAGUGGAAACUCCCAACAGCCUGAUCGAGCGUGGCCUCCUCGAUGAAGGAAAAGCUGUGCUCAGGAAGAUCCGCGGCACCGAGAAAAUCGAGCCCGAAUUCUUGGAGCUCGUUGAAGCCAGCCGUGCUGCUAAACAAGUCAAGCACCCUUUCAGGAAUCUCCUUAAGAGACGAAACAGACCCCAACUGGUUAUUGCAGUCGCCUUACAGAUUUUCCAGCAACUCACCGGCAUCAACGCAAUCAUGUUCUACGCCCCAGUCCUAUUCGACACUUUAGGAUUUCAUAGUGACGCUGCCCUUUACUCAGCAGUGAUUACAGGUGCUGUAAACGUUCUAUCCACCGUUGUUUCUAUCUACUCAGUGGACAAAGUGGGUCGGCGCAUGCUUCUGCUUGAAGCCGGUGUGCAAAUGUUUUUCUCUCAACUUGUUAUAGCAGUACUACUAGGAAUCAAGGUGAAAGACCACUCUAAUAAUCUAUCCCAAGGUUUCGCCAUCUUGGUGGUUGUGAUGGUUUGCACUUUCGUUUCUGCUUUUGCAUGGUCUUGGGGUCCUCUUGGUUGGCUCAUACCAAGUGAAACUUUCCCACUUGAGACUCGCUCCGCCGGACAGAGUAUCACUGUUUGUGUCAACUUGGUCUUCACUUUUGCCAUAGCUCAGGCCUUUCUUUCUAUGCUCUGUCAUUUAAAGUUCGGCAUAUUCAUCUUCUUCUCUGGCUGGGUGUUGAUCAUGUCAAUCUUUGUUCUGUUUCUGCUCCCGGAGACUAAAAAUAUUCCGAUUGAGGAGAUGACGGAGAGAGUUUGGAAACAACAUUGGUUCUGGAAGAGAUUUAUGGAUGAGGACAUUCAUUACCCCCACCCACACCCACAAAACGGUGUCGCUUCUAACAAAAAGUGGCAUGUCAAUUCCUUUGAUCCUGCUUCCCAAUUGUAAGAUCUUAAUUAAUUAUUGCCGAAUAGUUAGGAAUAUAUAGACAGGGAAAAAAAGAAUGAAAAGGAAAGAUAGGUGCCCCAUGUAAUUUUGUCUUGCGUUUAUGUAUUCGCCACAAUUUGAUGUUCUUUGUAAUUCAAAUCGAUCAGUUUCGAUCUGUAGUAUGAUCGGCAAGGUUAACACUGAA